CUGUUUGCAUAAUUAAUGGACCUUCUGAGCAAGAUUAUCUCCGCAACAGGACCGGUCAAAAUGAUUGGCAAAGGAUUUCAGUCGGGAUGUUUGGUUGUCGUUGUGCUCUUUUCGGCCGUGUGCGGUCAAAUGAACCACAACAAAACGGUGGGCUGCUAUUUUGAAAAUUGGUCGUUCUACAGACCACCACCCGUGAAAUUUGAUAUCAGUUCCAUCGACACUGACUUGUGUACCCAUGGGAUCUACAUUGCGGCUGAUAUUGACGAUGUGUCUUGGACCAUUUUUGCGGCUGAUCCAUGGUUUGAUUUGGACUCGACGGAUUGUGAACCCGGGUACUGUAACUACAAUGGCUAUCGACGGUUUACCGACUUGGCAGAUGAAGACUUCAUUCCAAUUUUGGCCUUGGGUGGUUGGCCUGGCAGUAGUGCCAAAUUUUCUGCUAUGGCCAAGGAUCCCAUCAAAAGGUACACUUUCGUGGAUAGUGUUAUUCCAUUCCUGAAAGCCUACGGAUUUGCUGGUAUGGAGGUUCGUUGGGAAUAUCCUGGACAAGGGGAAGGAUCUCACCCUGAUGAUCAAGAAUACUUGGUCAGAUUGAUGGACGCCCUUAAGGAAAGAUUUGAUGCUGAGGAUUUCAUGUUGAUGCUGUUGGUAAACGUUCAAGCCAACGAACUGGAAAUUGGUUACGACUUCCCCGCAUUGUCGGAAAGUGUGGACCUUUUCAGUUUGGCUACAUAUGACUUCAGUUACUACAGCCCGGAUCGCAAUUUUACGGGACAUCCCUCUCCAAUGCGAUCUCGAGUUGAAGAACAAGACGAGAGUCACCCAGGUUACCUCCAAAACAUUUACGACGGAGUUCGUCAAGUCCUGGAUUUGGGUGUUUCGCCGGAAAAGAUCCUUUUGGGCAUCAACGGAGAGGGCCGAGGCUUUACCUUGGAGGACUCCGAAAGCAACGGAUUGUACUGCCCAGCCACCGAUCCCAUUCCUGCCGGCCCAUUCACUGCCAUUCCCGGCUAUUGGGCUUAUUUUGAGGUCUUGGAGGCCCAAAGUGCGGAAGAGUUACCGUCACUCCCCGAGGCCACCCCAAGAGAAUGGAGCAUCAUUACGGACGAUUGUUAUCAAGCUCCUUACAUGACAAAUGGACCCUACUGGAUUGGAUAUGAAGACGUGAUUUCAGUGGCCAUCAAGGCUAACUUUGUCAACUUUGCUGAACUAGGAGGAGUCGCCUUUACAUCAUUGGACAGUGACGAUUUCAAGGGGCUUUACUCAAAACCAUACCCUCUUUUGACUCAAAUCAACAAGCAACUCUCAGCCGGUAACGAAUUCGAUCCAGAAACGUUUGAGUGUGGAUCUGCGCCAGCUCCAAUUUGCGACAUCGAUGCUUUCUAAGUAAGAGACAAUCGGAAAUUACUCGCUCUCUAUCAAAGCACAAUCGUAUCACCUCGCACAAUGGAUCGUAUUGGUAAAGAUAAUCAUUCCCAGCCUGCUGAACAAGUGACAAUAAACCCUUCGAAUUCGCAUUUAAAAGAGAA